AGGACCAAAGCGCUGAUCAUGAACCACGAAGAAGAAUGUUCUCAGCUCCGUCAAGUUCUGGAUAAAGAAGAGAUGUUUGCCCUUGCUGCUGGAAUAAAGGACAACUACCCCUAUAGCAUAGAAAUGUACAACACUUUGCUACUGACCGCCAGGGGACUGAACACUUGCUCUAAGUACGAGAUCUAUGUACCCAGGAAUUACCAGGACUCUCAUAUCAUCAUUUGGAGGUCACUGAUUGAAUGGAAGAACAUGAGCAUAUAUUGCAGAGAGGAGGAGGUUCCUCUGCUUAUCACAGUGAUGAAGGGCAGUCAUUUCUUGGAUAUAGUUAAGGAACUACCAGUCGAUAUCUUUUUCAUAUCAAGCUACCAAGUAGAUGCAGUACUUGAGACACUCCAGGAAACCAUUGGGAUACGCCCCCAGAAAUACCAGUGUUUAUGUUACGCCUAUGAAACUCGGCAAGAAAAUCCUCUGAGGUGUCCAGCAGGCAUGAAGGUCCAGAAACUGGGGAGAGCAGGCAUCCAAAGAAUGCUGGAGGUUAACAAAUACUGGAAGAACGCUUCUCUUGACCUUUUUUGCAGCUUGGGAGAAAACUUGCCAAUGGUGGGAAUUUACUUAGACCCAGAUGUUGUGGAGGAGAAGGUCAUUGAUUUGAAUGACAUCAGUUCUGCAGAAGACGAAGCAACACCAAUCGCGCAGGUAGGCACUACCCCUCACGGUACUGUGGGCUUGGUGUGGACUGAUGCUAAGUACAGGCAGUGUGGGCUGGGAAGACUCCUCGUUGAGGUGAUGGGUCGCCUCCAGAUGUCUGAGGGGUAUUUCCCUCAUGGCCUUGUGAUCUACUAUAAUGACGCUUCUGCUCAGAUGUUCAAGAAGCUGCCAGGCUGGAGGAAAACCCACUGUGCCAACAUGAUAGUUUCUGCUCAGUGAGAGGUCCUUUCGUUAGUCCAGAUCCAUUGCGAGGUUGGGUUUUGUAAUUCAGUCAUCAUUUUGACACGAGAACC